AUGCGUAGCACCCAACUAAGUGAGAGUCUAAAUGCUUCCAUAAAAAAUUAUCUGAAACUUGAUCAUGACCUGGUUCAAUUCUUCAAACAUUUUGACCGAGUUGUGGAUGAAAAAAGAUAUAAUGAACUAAGAGCUGAGUAUCACAGUCGACAGAAGCUGCCAAUGUUGGGAUUGCAACAGACUCCCGUACUGAUCCAGGCAGCUUCUAUAUACUCUCCAUGUAUGUUUGUUGCAUUCCAGAAUGAAUACGAUGAAUCCACUACAAUGGUGAUCUUGGACCAAAAGCAUACUACAAUGCAUGUGGAAUACAGUGUCAGUCACUAUGAUGGAGGAAGGGCAAGAAGACUGAUAUUGAAUCCAAUAACUAAAGACAUUACUUGUAGUUGUAAUCUUUUUGAGCAGGAAGGAAUCCUAUGCUCACAUGCUUUAAAAGUGUAUGAUAUGGUUGGAACAAAGUUUAUUCCUGAUCAAUAUGUGACAAAGAGGUGGACAAAGAAGGCAAGGUCCGGAGGCAGCGUCGAUUGCAAGGGUAGAGAAAUAUCAUCAGAUCCGUCUCUCUCUAUUUCCCAUCGAUAUAGGCUAUUAGCACCCGAAAUGGUAAGACUUGCUACCAGGGCUGCCAUGUCAGAAGCCGCUACAAAAUGA